AGUUGCAGACAAGGGAGCAUCUAACAAGCAUGUCGCUGGGCUGUAGUAAGAUUCUCUCUGCGCUGCUCGUCUGCACCUUCCUCGCGUCCACUGUGGACUCUUUCCAGUUGGGAUCUCUCCGGCCUAGCCUCCGCCUGCCGUCGCCAUCCAGAUGCGCAGCCCGGCGAAGCACAAGUCUGCGCAUGCAGCAGGACAACUUCUUCUCCAAAUUUGCGAGGACGAUCGUCGAAAAGGCCAAGGCGGAUGUGGAUCGCAUCGACCGUCUGUUCCGAGGGCUGGAGAGCGUCAGGUCGGACAUGUCAGUCAUCGACGAGCUGCUGGCGUACUGGAACCUGGACGAGACCGAUCAGACGCUGGAGAAGCUGGAGGAGGCGCUCAUCAUGCGAGACUUUGGCGUCUCCACCUCAGCCAAGAUCUGCGAGGGGCUGAUGACGUCAGUGAGAAAUGGCUCGAUCAAGAACUACAAGGAGAUCCGCCAGGCCAUGAAGGAUACGAUCGUGACGAUCCUCGAGAGCGGGGGCAACCCGGCACUGAUCCUCGACGACCAGAAGCCCGCGGUCGUCCUGAUGGUGGGUGUGAACGGAGGGGGCAAGACGACGACAGUAGGGAAGAUCGCUACGAAGCUUGCUGAGGAAGGGAAGACAGUCAUGCUAGCGGCUGGUGAUACCUUCCGUGCUGCCGCUGAUCUUCAGCUGGAGGAGUGGGCAAAGCGAUCUAAUGCCAUCCUUGCGCCUACGUCCAACCCCAAGAGCCCUGCCGCCGUCAUGUACGAUGCGAUCGAUGCGUCGGUGUCGCAGGAGGUGGAUGUGCUGAUUGCAGACACGAGCGGGAGGCUUCACACCAACACGAACCUGAUGAAGGAGCUUGAGAAAGUGAGGGGCGUCUUCGAGAAGAAGAUGCCAGGAAAGCCUAAGGAGAUCCUCCUGGUAGUCGAUGCAACCCAAGGGCAAAACGUUCUAAAUCAGGCAAGAGGAUUCAACAAGGCGGUGGGUGUGACAGGAAUUGUUCUCACGAAGCUCGACGGGACCAGCAAAGGAGGAGUUGUCGUCUCUAUUGUCGAUGAGCUGAAGAUUCCAGUCAAGCUCAUCGGAGUGGGGGAGAAGGCCAAGGAUCUCAUGCUUUUCGACGCCCGAGAGUAUGUCGAGGCUUUAUUUCCCAAUUAGUGAUACAAACCCUCAUGCCUUCCCUUGUUGCUUGACCCGUGGCAUCCUUGAGUGACUGACUGAGGGCUUUAUGCCCUCCUCCUCCUCCUCCUCCUCCUCCUCCUCUUCCCGCUCCCUCAACUACUUCACGCUCCAAUAUAUUCUCCUGGUUU